GCUGUCGCUGGAGUCUGAUCAUGUGAUCUUCAACAUGGCGACGCCCUUAGUGCCCUCCAGAAAGGGGCGGAGCCUAGACCAGGGAGGCCGGCUCAGAUUCAGGUUAAAUUGAGGAUUGAGCUCGCAGUUACAGCUAACCAUGGAAGCGAACGGGUUGGGACUUAAGGGUUUUCCGGAGCUGAAGAAUGACACAUUCCUGCGAGCAGCCUGGGGAGAGGAAACAGACUACACUCCCGUUUGGUGCAUGCGCCAGGCAGGCCGUUACUUACCAGAGUUUAGGGAAACCCGGGCAGCCCAGGACUUUUUCAGCACUUGUCGUUCUCCUGAGGCCUGCUGUGAACUGACUCUGCAGCCACUGCGUCGCUUCCCUCUGGAUGCUGCCAUCAUUUUCUCCGACAUCCUUGUUGUACCCCAGGCACUGGGCAUGGAGGUGACCAUGGUACCUGGCAAAGGACCCAGCUUCCCAGAGCCAUUAAGAGAAGAGCGGGACCUAGAGCGCCUACGGGAUCCAACAGUGGUAGCCUCUGAGCUAGGCUAUGUGUUCCAAGCCAUCACCCUUACCCGACAACGACUGGCUGGACGUGUGCCGCUGAUUGGCUUUGCUGGUGCCCCAUGGACCCUGAUGGCAUACAUGGUUGAGGGUGGUGGCUCAAGCACCAUGGCUCAGGCCAAGCGCUGGCUCUAUCAGAGACCUCAGGCCAGUCACCAGCUGCUUCGCAUCCUCACUGAUGCUCUGAUCCCAUAUCUGGUAGGACAAGUGGUAGCUGGUGCCCAGGCAUUGCAGCUGUUUGAGUCCCAUGCAGGGCAUCUUGGCCCACAUCUCUUCAACAAGUUUGCAUUGCCCUACAUCCGUGAUGUGGCCAAGCGAGUGAAGGCCAGGUUGCAGGAAGCAGGCCUGGCACCAGUGCCCAUGAUCAUCUUUGCUAAGGAUGGGCAUUUUGCCUUGGAGGAGCUGGCCCAAGCUGGCUAUGAGGUGGUUGGGCUUGACUGGACAGUGGCCCCAAAGAAAGCCCGGGAGCGUGUGGGGAAGACGGUGACACUGCAGGGCAACCUGGACCCCUGUGCCCUGUAUGCAUCUGAGGAGGAGAUUGGACAGCUGGUGAAGCAGAUGCUGGAUGACUUUGGGCCACAACGCUACAUUGCCAACCUGGGCCAUGGGCUUUAUCCUGACAUGGACCCAGAGCACGUGGGGGCCUUUGUGGAUGCUGUGCAUAGACACUCACGUCUGCUUCGACAGAACUGAGUGCAUACAUUUACCCUCAAGUACCACUUACAUAGAUGAUUGAUCAUUUCUAGGACAAUAAAAGUUUCAGAGUUGAA